UAAAUGUCAUGCGGCGCAUGCGUCAACGGAUUACAUGUAAAUGAAAUUGGCCUCUCUUCUUUUCAUGGGUGCUUAUGGGCGCGGCAGGGACGUCCAUAUAGUUGCAAACCAGGUGCAAAACAUUCACUCUGUUUGGAUUUGUGCAGAUUGAUCUGCAUGCAUUCGGGGCAGCAUGAAAGCGUUGACUUCACCACUGCCUCACAGGCACAGGAUGAGGAGGGUGUCGAAACCUGUGAUGGAGAAACGCAGACGGGACCGCAUCAACCGCAGUUUGGAGACGUUAAGAGUUUUAAUGCUGGAGAACACACACAAUGAGAAGUUAACAAACCCUAAAGUGGAGAAGGCUGAGAUCCUGGAGAGUGUGGUGCAAUUCUUGAAGUCGGAAAAGGAGGAGAGGGGUCAGCGUGCAAUUACACCCGGCUUGUCGUCCCAGGGGCAGCGACCCAGCGGCCCCCAGCAGCAACACGAUUACCAGGAGGGCAUGAGGUCGUGUCUCCUAAGGAUCAGACGUUUCAUAGCCAGUGAUGAACCAGGGUCCAACCGAGUGCCCGCUUCAGUGAGUCCACCCCCACACGUCCACUCUGUGUAUCCUGCGCAUCUGAGCCAGCACCAACACCAGCUCCAGGACAGCACCCCCCAUCCUUAUCCAAGCCAGGGUACCGAGUAUCAGUUCUGUGACACCAGGAAGUUGCUCCCCCCACCCACAACCUGCGCCCAGAGUCUAGACCCUGUGUGGAGGCCCUGGCCCCAGUCAUGAAUUCCCUCAUGUAUAGUAGUGCGAGAUUCUAUUUUUCAUACGUGGCAUGACCAACAUUUUUGAGA